AUGAUCGCCUCGUUCUUAGUGUUCCACAAGGAAUGGAACGGAGAGGAGGAGCGAGAUCUCUUACAGGGCAUCUACAAAGCGGCUCCUAGGGGCUUCCUACAGCUGCAUUACCCCUUAAACCCUGUCCCUUCCCAGGCGAGGUACCUUCAGUACAUAGCCCACUGCGUCAGCUCUUUACCCCACGGGUUUAUUGAGAGGGAAAGCAAGGACAAGAAGGGGAAGGGGAAGGGAAAAGGGGUGGCGGAGGAGGAGGGCAGCGAGUGGGGGAGCCAGGUGCUGGUUCCGUCUUCUAGAGAGGGGUGUCUGGGAGCGAGCAGCAGCCGGAUGGUGACUCUAGACUGUGUGAUUAUGCGCGGUGUGCCACAGCUGGACGCUAGAGGCGGGUGCUGCCCUGUGAUCAGAGUGUUUGGGCGCGAUCCUGGCCUGCCGGAGAACCGAGACUCGGGGCUGCUGUUUCUGAGCGCGAGGCAUGGCGUGAAUCGAGCCAAGUACUACCUGCAGGUGAGGCAAGGGGUAAAGAGAUCUGCUGAGUGCUACCUGCAGGUGAGGCAAGGGGUAAAGAGAUCUGCUGAGUGCUACCUGCAGGUGAGGCAAGGGGUAAAGAGAUCUGCUGAGUGCUACCUGCAGGUGAGGCAAGGGGUAAAGAGAUCUGCUGAGUGCUACCUGCAGGUGAGGCAAGGGGUAAAGAGAUCUGCUGAGUGCUACCUGCAGGGAAGCGGAGGUGGUGAAGAUGGAUAUGACGGCGGUGGUGCAGGGCAGGGCGAUGUGGUGAUCGAGUGUGUGCAUGUGGGUCAACUCACAAGUUCCCCGCACACACCACCUCCCUCCCCACCCACCCUGCCCCCCUUGCGCUCCCCCUUCCAAACAGCCAGAGGGAGGGAAGCGGAGGUGGUGAAGAUGGAUGUGACGGCGGUGGUGCAGGCCGAUGUGAUGAUCGAGUGCGUGCAUGUGGACAUGGAGUGGGGAGGCGCCGAGCAGAUGGUCGACUCGACCGAAUGGACCCCCUCCUCAACCGCUCCCCUCCUCACCUGCUCCCCUCCCCUUUUUUCCCUUUUUUACAACCAGAGGGAAGCGGAGGUGGUGAAGAUGGAUGUGAUGGCAGUGGUGCAGGGGGACGUGGUGAUAGAGUGCGUGCAUAGAGAGGCGGAGGUGGUGAAGAUGGAUGUGAUGGCGGUGGUGCAGGGGGACGUGGUGAUAGAGUGUGUGCAUGUGGACAUGGAGGGCGCGGGCAGCGAGCAGAUGGUGUGGCGAGUGGCGUUCAACACGGCCCACGUGCGAUCCAACAUGCUCGUGCUCUCGCGGGACGAUCUCGAUAUUCUCUGGCACACAAGGGAGCGGUUCACGCAGGACUUCAGAGUGGAGAUCCUUCUGACGGACCGGGAGUCCAAGGUACUGCCUCCACCAGCCGCCACCUCCCUGGCAGCAGACGACUUCGGCGGUCUACCCCUCGAUUCCUUCCUCAAGCUCAAGGAGGCUUUUGAGGAUUCCAAUUGGUCGCAGGACGACAGCUCACGCGCCCUAGAAGAGAUCCGCCACACCAUCUACUCCGCAGCCAGUACCAAGAGGAGAAACCGCCGGAGUGGAGGGUUGCGGGUUCGAACCCGGGUGCCGGCAGGUGGGAAGUGGGGCCCAGGAGGGGCGGGGUUUGCAGGGGAUAUGCUAGAUGAUAGCGAUUAUGCUUCGGAUUUGGAUUCAGCUGAUACUUCUCCGACGUUUUCGAGCAUGUUGCAUUCAAGGGAUGGGAGCCCGUCGCCAUCUCGGCCGUUUGGGAGUGGUUUAGGGUUUGGGAUGUUUGGGUUUCCGGGCGGGAAGGUGCGGAGGAAGGUUGGGUCGGAGAUGGUGUUGCCGCCUGGGUUGUUGUUUGCGGAGCAGACUUAUACGGAGGAGGAGGGGCUGACGAGGAGAGAGAGGGCGAGUGCGGGGGAUUUGAAGAUGCUUUGGUUGGAUUUAGCGAAUGGGCCGUCGCUGUAUUGGAAUGAGUGGGAUCCGGAGCUGAAUCCUGUUCUGGGGAAGCUUUUAAGGAGGAUGUCGAAACGGGUGCCGGGGUUUAAGUUGCCCGAGAUGGGUUUGCUGGGGCAGAAGGGACUGGAGAAGGGGGAGGAUGAGAAGAAGGAAGAGGAGAAGGAGGAAAAGAAGGAGGAGAAGGAGGAGGAGAAGGAAGAGGAGAAGGAGGAGAAAAAGGAGGAGAAGAAGGAGAAGAAGGAGGAGGAGAAGGAAGAGGAGGAUGAGGAGGAAAAGGCGGCUGCUGCAGCUGCUGCUGCUGCUGAGGCUGCAGCAGAGAGGAAGAAACAGGAGAAGCUGAGGAAGGCUGAAGAGAGGCGGAUGGAGGCUGAGAGGAGGAGGUUAGAGGAGGAGGAAGAGGAGAGGAGGGAGGAGGAGAGGUGGAAGGAGGAGCAGAGGAGGAGGCAGGAGGAGAGGGCAGCUAGAAAGGCAGCAUUAGCUGCAAAGAUGGCUGAGCCAGAUCCGCCCAGUCCCAAAGUAGCCCCCCCGCCCCCGCCUCCUCCCCCAGGGGGGGGACCUCCCCCUCCUCCUCCGCCUCCCCCUCCCCCACCCCCUCCCCCAGGCGGAGGCGCUCCUCCCCCUCCCCCCUCCACCCCCUCCCCCACCCCCUCCCCCAGGUGGGGGUCCUCCCCCGCCCCCUCCCCCGCCUCCUCCCCCACCCCCUCCCCCAGGAGGGGGUCCUCCCCCGCCCCCUCCCCCGCCUCCUCCCCCGCCCCCUCCUCCAGGGGGUGCCCCUCCUCCUCCUCCCCCUCCUCCCCUUCCGCCAGGGGGGCGGGCCCCCCCGCCUCCUCCGCCCCCUCCACCUCCUCCCCCAGAGGACCUCCCCCUCCCCCUCCCCCUCCUGGCGGGCCCAGAGGCCCCCCACCCCCUCCCCCUCCCCCUGGGGGGGGAAAGGGUCCCCCCCCGCCCCCCCCUCCCCCAGGGGGCAAGGGCGGACCACCUCCCCCUCCCCCGCCCCCAGGGGGAAAAGGCCCUCCAGGCCCUCCCCCUCCCCCCGGAUUGAAGGGCCCCCCUCCUCCCCCCGGGUUCAAGGGGAAGGGUCCCCCUCCCCCCCCCGGGUUCAAGGGGAAGGGUCCACCGGGGCCCCCUCCCCCCGGGGGGUUCAAGGGGGGGUUUGCAGCUGCUGCGCCCCCCCCCAAGAAGAAGACCCCCCUGAAGGCGUUUUUCUGGGGGAAGGUGACGCGAGUGGUGGAGGGGAACAUGUGGGCGGAGGUGCAGAAGGAGGAGCAGGUCGCUGCUACCCCCAAGCUGGACCUGGAGGCGCUAUACCCAGAGCUGGAGGAUCUGUUUUCUGCCGCCCCUCCCCCCAAGAAGAAAGACACCGGGCCCAAGAAGGAGGCCAAGCCGCAAGCACUCUCUCUUAUUGAUAUGAAGCGAGCCAACAAUUGUAUGAUUAUGCUUUCCAACAUGAAGCACCUCAAAUACAAUGAGAUUGUG